CAUACACUACUAGCAGGGGCGGCGGGCAGUGGUAAUAACGUUAAUAGUCUAUUACCAAUUUUUUUUUUAAUAAAACUCUGAUUAUGUAUGCUAAAAAUCAUAAAAAAGUUAAAGGCAACCAACCGAAUUCGUUUGCCUACCGAACUUUAUUGAAUCUCGUGUUAAGAGCGCAAACAAUAUGAAUGAAACAAAUUACUAUUGUAUUGCCAACAAAAACCAUAAUGAGCGUAUUUAUCUGUUAUCAAUGAGCAUUUUGUCCAACGUCACGUUAAUAGUUUCGCAAUUUUAUUACCACUAGCCUUGCGAAACAACCAGGCGGGUAAUAACCCAUUGAUUCGGCUCCUUUGUUUUCGUGAAUAAAAAUUGCACGCUUUUGCUUUGGAGGUAAUAGUUCUCAAAUUCUCUUAACGUGGCCAGAGACUACUACGUAAUCGGACCGAUAUCUUUUAAACAUGAAGCGCUUAUUAGCAAGCGAUAGAACUAAACAUCACUGGGAUGUCCAGAAAGUUUUUUCACUCGUUUCGUCGCAAGGAAAGUUAACUCAUGAGCAACGCCUGGAUAUGAAAAAGAACGGUAGACCUUGCCCUAAAGUCAUGAUAAAGAACAGAUCCUGUGAGUCUGCUUAUCAAGCAUAUCCAUGGAUGUGUGGAGAUGAAGAAAAAAAUACUUUUUUCUGUUGGCCUUGUUUAGUCAUUGGUGACUUAUCAACAAUGAAGAAAGUAUCUUUCGUUCAGGAAAACGGAUUUUGCUCAACAGGAGCAAAUUUAGCCCAUAUUGCUAAUCGUCAUCAAGCCUCGAAGAAACAUGUAGCAAAUUACACGGCAUACAAGCUCCUUGGAAAUAUCGAUAUUGCUUGUGCCCUUGAUGAACAAAGGCAAAGAAAAGUUGCACGGCACAAUCGCGAUGCUUCAAGGUAUUCUAAAAUAAUGAGGCAUCAUGUGGAUAUAUCCUCGUUUCUAGCAGCCCAGGGCCUUGCAUUCCGUGGCCACGAUGAGUCAAGAUCAUCUUGUAACAGAGGCAAUUUUCUUGAACUUUUAGAGCUACUUGCCUGCUACAGUGACGAUUUGCGAUCAUUUCUGGACAACGAUCGAAUAACGUAUACUUCUCAUGGCCCACAAAAUGAACUAAUAGAGUGCUUAUCGGAAGAAGUGAGGGGGGAAAUUCAAAGGAGAAUUGAUGCAUCUACAUUCAUAGCUGUAAUGAUGGAUGACAGUAGCGAUGCUAGCAAUGUGGAGCAGACAGUCGUUUCUGUGCGCCUUGUUUAUGAUGGGGAGGUUGAAGAGCAUAUGCUGGGUGUGGUGGAUUGCUCCGAUGAUCAGUCUGCUGAAAACCUUACUUCCAUAUUGCUCAGCACACUGGAAAAAUAUAAAGUAAUGCCAGCAACAUGCAAAGAAAAAGUUAUUGGGCAAUCAUAUGAUGGUGCAGCUGUUAUGAGCGGCUCGCUUAAUGGGGUGCAAAAAAAAGUGCAGGAACAUUAUCCAUUCGCUUUUUACAAUCAUUGCGUGGCUCAUAGAAUGUCACUUUGUGCUGCACAGUCAGCAAUGAAAAUUCCGAAAAUUGCAAAAUUCUUCGGUAUUGUUGACAAGUUGAUAACAUUUUUUAGAAACAGCCCAAAGAGAACAACGAGUCUUGGCCACAAUCUCCCAAAACCAGGCGAUACACGCUGGCUCUCCCGUGAUACGGCUAUAAGCGCUAUCGAUACUCAUUACGAAGCGAUUGGAACAGCUUUCUAUGAAAUAUCGCAUGAUGUAAAAGAGAAGACUGAAACACAAGCGAAUGAAUGCAAGGGGUUUUGGUACUCAAAUGCAGGAUGUGGAAUUUGUUUACUUUCUGAAACUUUACAGAAAGAUUUUUGAGUUGAGCAC